GAAAAUAAAUUACAAAACUUGAAAACUGCAUCUGAUGUGCACAAAUACAAUUCGGUAACAAAUAAGGAAAAUAUAGCGUUUGUUGUGUAAAUGUUCAUCUAAUUCCGAGCGUAGUGAAAGAAUAUGUGAUGUUUAUACGUUAAUAGUGCGUUCGUGGACAUGAAAAUGUCUGGGAGAACGGCAUCCAUCGAUUAAUAUUUAACGAAUGGACCGGAGGGCGACAAGUGGGGGCAAUGAUGAUGGUGCGGCUGAACAUGAAGCUGGCGCUGGCGGCGCUGUGCGCUGUCGCGUUGCUGCUGAUGCUGUACUGGGCGCACUGCACCGACGACAGACACAAGCCCAUAGGUGCAGCGGCGCCGGCUGCGGAGCGGUUCGUGGCCAUCGAGUGCAGCAUCAACGGCGAGUACUCGGUCGCCUGCCGCCGUGACGCCGACCAGCUAUAUCUGCCGUUCUCCUUCAUUAAGAAGUACUUUGAGGUAUACGGAAAGCUGACAACUGUGAACGGUGUAGAGAGAUUCGAGUGGUCCCAUAGCUACAGCAAGGUAUACCAUCCAAAGAAGACGUACGAUCCUCGCGGUACCUUCACCACCUUCGAGAACUACAAUGUCGAGGUCCGAGACAGGGUUAAAUGCAUCAGCGGCGUCGAAGGAGUUCCGGUGUCCACGCAAUGGGACCCAAAAGGCUUCUUUUACCCCACCCAAAUCGCCCAGUUUGGACUAGCUCACUACAGCAAGAAUAUUACUGAGCCAGAGCCGAGGGUCAAAAUUUUGGAGGAUGGGGACAAAAUAUCCCAGAACUGGAUUAUCAGCAAAGAUGCGGUUAUGAGUAGAGAGUUUGAUCCGGAGUUAAAAAUGAAAGUCCUAAGUUUUGCGACGACCGAUCAUGCAUCAAGUCAGGUGUGGUUGAAGUUAGAUAUCGCUCAGGAUUUUGUGUUGACCAUGGACCUGCUUUUGAAGCCAAACUCCUCGAUGACCGUUGUGCUACAGAACAAGGAUAAGAAGGAGACGGUGUAUCUGCAUUAUGUGUUCAACAACCAGCUCAUCAGCGCAUUGGACGAUCACAUAUUCUACGGCGUGGGCGAGGAGAGCGCGUGGCGGCGCGUGACGCGAGAUCUCAUAGUCGACAUGCAGAAGGGCUGGCAGCUUCUCGACAGACCCAAGAGGAAAUCGCCAAGGAAUAAGUUUAAGAUAUCGAGCAUAAUCCUGCGCGGCUCAGGGUCACUGGGUUCAGCACAGUUGGCGACAAGCGCGCACACUGCGCAUUUCUACGCGGCCGCACGCUGGCUGGUACGCUCGCAGCGUCCCAAUGGCGGGUGGCCCGUACCCGCAAGACGUCGCGUCGCGCCGCACGUCCCAGACCUUACGCCUGGCUGGCACUCGGCGAUGAGUCAAGGUCACGGUAUCUCUGUGCUCGCCCGCGCCCACUACCGCAGCGGCGACGCGGCGUUCCUGCGAGCGGCGCGGCGCGCGCUCCGCGUGCUGCGGCUGCCGAGCGGCGCGGGCGGCGUGCGAGCUGUGUUCAUGGAUAAACAUGUGUGGUACGAAGAAUACCCCACCACGCCUCCGCUCUUCGUGCUCAACGGUUUCAUAUACACCCUACUCGGGUUAUACGACCUACACGCGAUAGCCGGCGACCGCGACGCCAAGCACAUGUUCGACGACGGCAUGGCGUCACUGAAAGCGCUGCUGCCUCUCUUCGACACCGGCAGCGGAAGCUUCUACGACCUCCGGCAUUUCACACUCGGAGUCAGCCCCAACAUCGCCAGGUGGGACUACCAUGCUACCCAUGUGAACCAGCUAUACCUCCUAGCGGGGUUGGAUCCCGAUCCGAUAUUGCUAAGCACGGCGAAACGAUGGGAGAACUACAUGAGCGGGAAACGAGCCGCGCAUAAUUGAAAUCGAGCUGGAACUCGGUAGAAAUUAUUCUCUGGCUGAGCCGAUUCUUGGAGAUUGGUGGAUCCUAUGGUCUUCUGUGGUUUGUCCUUGAAUCUACUGGUUGAUUUAUAAUUGCGGCAGAUUCUUGGAGAUUGUUCCGUGAUAUUAUGGUUGUCUGUGCCUGACUACGUGGCUGGUCAUACUUGCUGAGUGAUGCACAAUUUCCAUUUGUUUCGGAAACUUACUACGUUGGUAUUGUUCAACGCAGUAAGCGUUUACUAGCUGUUGCACAUGGUUGUCGAAUCCGAUUCGAAUUUCGCGUUGUGAAUCAGGCCCUUGGUCUGUGAUUAGUUGUCGAAUCUGGUCUAAGAUUCUUCGGUUCUGACCCUUGUCGGUUCGGGCAAAACCUUUUUAAAUAUCGAUGCUGGCGUUGAAGUUUAAAAAAAGAUUUUAUAUGGCAAUAUUGUUAGCUCUUUCGAAGGUCCGAUUCCAAUUUUAAGUCCUAUAUAAUUGGCUUGGUAGGUCGUAGGGCUACGGCCUGACUGUAGUUUAUCUACUCGAUAUGUAGCAUGGUUGUAGUUGACUGAAAUAUGUACCUGAAAACGCCUAUGUGACGAGCGAAAAUGUAAUCGCUCAGAAAAUAUGGUGAUUAUUGUUAGUCAAUGAGUUGUACUAUUUCCUUUAGAAUUGAAGCACAAGCUUUUUUUAAAUUGCAAAUAUAUCCUUUGAUAUUAUAUAUUUUAGAUUGGAUAGUAUAUGAUAUUGAUUAUAAAAGUGAAACCGCACUAGAACGACACGACACGGCGCGACACUUCACUUCCAUAGAAUUGAGUGAGUCUGACGUUUUACGAACGUCAGUUGUAAAUUGUAAUGGAAGUAAAGUGUCGCGCAGUGUC